AUGUCAUCUAAACAACACAUAGCACGUGGCUAUUCAUCUUCCGACUAUCAAACAAUUAAUGCUCAACUUUUGUUGGCAAAAUCAUUACCGGAACCAGACCCAAAAGCAGACAAAGAUGGAUGUGGUAGCGUAUUGAUUAUUGCUGGUUCACCAGAAUUAAUGGGUGCAUGUAUUUUAUCCGGUAUUGGAGCCUUGAGAGCUGGAGCUGGACGCCUACGUAUUGCCACGGUAGAGACCAUUGCACCUUUUAUUGGCAUGUCGUUGCUAGAAGCUCGAGUGUUUUCAUUGCCGCAAACUGCUAAUGGAGGUAUUUCACCAGACGAGAAAACGUGUGAACUAUUGUGCGAGCUAGCGAGUAAAAUGGACUGUGUCCUAUUCGGUACUGGUUUAUCGGAUGAAUUUGCAGUUAAACAAAUUCUCAGUAAACUGUUGGAAAAUUUGAAACAAGGAACACUUGUGCUCGACGCAGCUGCAUUAAACGUUUUGUCCAAACUAAAAUCUACGCAACAUUCGCCCGAUCUUUCCGUUAUUCUCACACCACAUCAUAACGAAAUGGCAUCAUUACUAGAAUGUGAACCGGAUGUGAUUGCCAAUGACCCAAUUAAAGCGGUGAAACAAGCUGUUCAGCGCUACCAGGCAACCGUUGCGCUCAAAGGACAUGAGACAUUUAUUACGGGUCCUGAUGGAAUUAUUUAUCGAAAUACAGCAGGUAAUGUUGGCUUGGCAACAUCGGGUUCCGGUGAUACAUUAGCUGGUGUUAUCGCUGGCUUAGCGUCGACUGGUGCAAAAGCCGAUAUAGCAACAAUAUGGGGUGUCCACGUGCAUGCGACGGCAGGAGAUAGAUUAGCCGACCAAUUCCAUCAGACAGGAUUCCUUGCUAGAGAAUUGUUAGAUGAAAUUCCACAUGCAAUACAACAUUUCAAAAAUAAAAAUAAGAAGGAAACAUACCUACAUAAAUCCAACAACGACGACAAAUAA